GUCGCGGGGGUUACCCCGGGAGCUGGCCGAGGCGGUGUCCGGCGGCCGGGUCCUGGUGGUUGGCGCGGGUGGUAUCGGCUGUGAGCUACUUAAGAAUCUGGUGCUCACUGGCUUCUCCCACAUCGACCUGGAAAGCACUUUGGCUGCUGGUAGACUCCGGGUUACGAAUGCUGAAGAUAGUGAUUGAAGACGGUGACUUUCCUUUAUUUCUGCAUUUCUAGAUUGAUCUGGACACUAUCGACGUCAGCAACCUCAACAGGCAGUUCUUGUUUCAAAAGAAACAUGUCGGAAGAUCAAAGGCUCAGGUUGCCAAAGAAAGUGUGCUUCAGUUCCACCCCCAAGCGAACAUUGAGGCCCACCAUGACAGCAUCAUGAACCCAGACUAUAAUGUGGAGUUUUUUCGACAGUUUAUAUUGGUUAUGAACGCAUUAGAUAACAGAGCUGCACGAAACCAUGUGAAUAGGAUGUGUCUGGCAGCUGACGUGCCUCUCAUUGAGAGUGGGACUGCUGGGUAUCUUGGACAGGUGACCACGAUCAAGAAGGGUGUGACUGAGUGUUACGAAUGUCAUCCUAAGCCGACCCAGAGAACGUUCCCUGGCUGUACGAUUCGGAACACACCUUCAGAACCUAUCCAUUGCAUCGUAUGGGCCAAGUAUUUGUUCAACCAGCUGUUUGGAGAGGAAGAUGCUGAUCAAGAAGUGUCUCCUGACAGAGCUGACCCUGAAGCUGCUUGGGAACCAACAGAGGCUGAAGCCAGAGCCCGAGCAUCCAAUGAAGAUGGAGACAUUAAGCGGAUUUCCACUAAGGAAUGGGCUAAGUCAACUGGAUACGAUCCAGUUAAACUUUUUACCAAGCUUUUUAAAGAUGAUAUUAGGUACCUGCUGACAAUGGACAAACUCUGGCGCAAGAGGAAACCUCCAGUUCCACUGGACUGGGCUGAAGUGCAGAGUCAAGGAGAAGAAGCCAAUGCUGAUCAACAAAGUGAGCCCCAGUUGGGUUUGAAAGACCAGCAGGUUCUGGAUGUAAAGAGCUACGCAAGUCUGUUUUCAAAGAGCAUCGAGACCCUGAGAGUCCGUUUAGCCGAGAAGGGAGAUGGAGCUGAGCUCAUCUGGGAUAAGGACGACCCACCUGCAAUGGAUUUUGUCACGUCUGCUGCAAACCUCAGGAUGCACAUUUUCAGCAUGAACAUGAAGAGCAGGUUUGAUAUAAAAUCAAUGGCGGGGAACAUCAUCCCUGCUAUAGCCACCACUAAUGCAGUGAUCGCCGGCUUGAUAGUGUUGGAAGGAUUAAAGAUUUUAUCUGGAAAAAUAGACCAGUGUAGAACUAUAUUUUUGAAUAAGCAGCCAAACCCGAGAAAGAAGCUCUUGGUGCCCUGUGCACUAGAUCCUCCCAACACCAACUGUUACGUUUGUGCCAGCAAGCCAGAGGUGACCGUGCGGCUGAAUGUCCACAAAGUGACUGUCCUCACCUUACAGGAUAAGAUAGUGAAAGAAAAGUUUGCUAUGGUGGCACCAGAUGUCCAAAUUGAAGAUGGGAAAGGCACAAUCCUGAUAUCUUCAGAAGAGGGAGAGACAGAAGCUAAUAACCCCAAGAAGUUGUCUGAUUUUGGAAUUAGAAAUGGCAGCCGGCUUCAAGCAGACGACUUCCUGCAGGACUACACUUUGCUGAUCAACAUUCUUCAUAGCGAGGAUCUAGGAAAGGAUGUUGAAUUUGAGGUAGUUGGUGACACCCCUGAAAAAGUGGGUCCAAAACAAGCUGAAGACGCUGCCAAAAGCAUUGCCAACGGCAGCGAUGAUGGCGCCCAGCCUUCCACCUCCACAGCACAAGAACAAGAUGAUGUGCUCAUAGUUGAUUCAGAUGAAGAAGGCCCUUCAAAUAGCGCCGACGGUAGCAGGGACGAUAGGACCCGCAAGCGGAAACUGGAAGAGAAUGAGGGUGCCAGUACCAAGAAGUCCCGCUUGGAGCAGGUGGAAGAUCAGGAUGACGUCAUAGCAUUAGACUGAGCAGGCUCCUGCCCUGGAUCUGGUCGGAACCGGAAGUUAUAUCCUUUGUUGCAGAGGGUGAGCACAGGCUGCGGUGGCUUUGGUGGUUCUGCCCCUGUGAAAGCGUUCAUUUGCUGAGACUGUUAGAGACUGUUGCUGUGUUGAAGUAGGAAUAGAAUUUGCGACCCUUUGAGCAAAGCUGGGUGGACCAGUGAUGAGCUGAAAGAAUGCGGGCGUGCAUGUUGCCUUCCCUGUAAAUAGCCUUAGCUAUCAUUUCCCAGUGGAAAACACUGUGGGGUAGGAGCGCUGCAACCUGGGUAUAAAUAUUAUGCCUUUAUUUUUGGCUAGAGAAGAGUUAUUUUUAGCCUAGAUCUAACCAUUUUCAUACUCUUACCUGAAAGAUUCACAGAAGUGUCAAGUGCUAUGCAUUGAAACUUGUUUUUUAAACGUUACCUGACACUGUAUAUUAAUGUAAAACAAUGUUAAUUUACUCAGAUUUUCAGUUUGUACUGCCUGGUAUGUCUGUGAAAGAAGCCAAUUUUUGUGUAUUUGUUACAGUUUCAGGUUAUUUAUAUUUGAUGUUUUGUAAACUCAAACAACAAAUAUACUGUACUUAUGGACCAAAUAAAUGAUGUCUGCAUACUUGUCAUCUGC